AUUGGAAGAAUGAUAACGAGAAGAAAUGAAUUCGAGGGAAUUGCCUGCCUGCCGCCUGGUCUAUGAACCAGUUAGUAAAACACAAAGUAGCGGGGGCUGGCAGCACUGGUUCAUCAUUGGUUCAAUGGCCACUAUGUCAACAACCAGCGUCAACAACAGUGCGAACGGAAUCUGAUGCGAUGGCUUCCGAAAGUUUGGUUUUCCUGUGAACGUGCUAAAGUUUAAGUUAUUCCGCUGUUGUUUUAAGUUUUUAGUUCUAUCGUGCCACAUUUUUCAAAAUGAGUUCUAAUCAGCAAUUUUGUCUCAGGUGGAAUAAUCAUCAAAGUACUCUAAUUUCAGUGUUCGAUGCUCUGUUAGAAAGUGGCACACUAGUUGAUUGCACUUUGGCAGCCGAGGGACAAUACUUGAAAGCCCAUAAAGUUGUUUUAUCGGCUUGUAGUCCCUAUUUAGGGAUGUUGCUAAGUCAGCACUAUGAAAAACAUCCCAUCUUGAUUCUGAAGGAUAUUAAAUUCCAAGAACUAAAAUCCAUGUUGGACUACAUGUAUCGAGGGGAAGUGAAUAUUUCCCAAGAGCAGCUUGGAACAUUCCUGAAGGCUGCAGAAUCUCUUCAAAUCAAAGGUUUGACAGACAGUGGAGGUGGAAUCGAUACAAAGGAGGACAUGCCCAUUAUACCGCUCAAACGUCAUGGAGACAACCGAAAAUCCAUACCGCUUGCCUCUGCCCUGCGGCGAUCACCUCCUCACACAGUCAAUCAUCGUUGGUCAAAUGAUGUUUCGGACACAUUUUCACGGUCAUCUGGAUCUGUCAGAGAGGGAAGCAUGUCUCCCACACCGCGCAAGAGGAAACGAAGCCAAAAGCCAAAUGGUGAAGAUCCUGUGUACAUGAAUAAUCAAACCGACGAAGUCAGUGAAAAUGUGAAAACAAGUUUAAACGAUUCUGAGUCUGCCAUUUCCGCAAAUUCGCCAGUGCCUUUAACUAAUAGUAAUAAUAACAAUUCUAGCAGUAAUAACAGUAAUAAUAGUAAUCCAAAUAGCAACAACAAUAACAACAACAAUGUUAGCCCCAACAAUAAUAACAAUAACAACAACAAUCUAAACAAUAAUAAUAACAACAACAACAAAAUUUUAGAAAAAAAGUCGUUGGAAAGUGUUGUUACUGAAUUAAAAUUGCAGAAUAAUAACGAUAUUAUUGGUUCGGAUAAAAAAAUUGUGAGCGACAGUGCCUCAGACGGGAAAGAUAGUGGCGUUGACGGCAUGAAGCCGCCUAAACAUGAACUCUCGGACGAAGUGAACUACGAGGAUAGUGUUGAAGAUAUGGGUCUUGAGGAAGAAGAAGAAGAAUUGGACGAACCGGACGCAUCUCAAGCAGGACCUUCAAAUACCCAUGCACCAGGUGCAGGAUGGCAGCUGGCAGAGUAUCAUCAGGACUCACUAUCCAGCAGUCAGCAAGACUCGCAAGACUUGAACGAUAAACCAUGGAUGAAAAAUCACUAUUAUCAGAUUACCAAGUGGGAGGCGUGGUCAGCGGCGCAUCCGACGGUGCCGAGCCUCCUGUGCGGCGUGGUGCCCUACUCCCCGACGCGGGGCAACACCCAGGAAGUGGAGAGCCCCAAGGGGGUCGAGUGCCCCAAGUGCGGCCGCUACUACAAGCUCAAGAGCUCCCUCCGUAACCACCAGAAAUGGGAGUGCGGCAAGGACCCCCAGUUCCAGUGCCCCUACUGCAACUACCGCGCCAAGCAGAAGAUGCACGUCGCCCGUCACAUCGAGCGCAUGCACCGGGAAAAGCUCGGGAUGGUCGAGACCAACUAGCAGCCCCCCCGCCCCCACCCCUUUGCUCCAGCUCCCGCCUCUCCCCACAGCCCCAAAAUAAGCUGAUUCGCCCUCCCGAGAAAUCCUGUCUCGGUUCUCUCGUUUUCGGCCAACAUGUUCGGCACUGUCUUGCGUCGAACGGUGCUCUCGAAUAUGCUCGCUGAAAACACUCCAACCGGUAUUUGCACCUCACAACUUCAGACGCAAGUUCAUGACCGGUUACUAUUUAAACUCAUAGAUCCGUAUACCUCAAUUUGAACAGAUUUGGUUAGAAUUAGCUUAACUGCGUCAGAUAUUGUCUGAUUUCCUUUAAUGUUUAAUUUUUUCAGCAGAAUGCGACCCAACGCCCUGACUCGUAAUGUUGUGCAUCGAUUAUUUUUAAUCUAGGAGAAAUUCACAGAAAGUUCAAGGGGCUGUGUUGUCAAGUUUGCUGUUUGUUAGAACGAAACAUUAGAGGAAAUCAGGAAAUGUAAAAUGUAAUCAGGCUGAUUAUGGGCUAAUCUGUUCGAUCUCAAUUAUGAAUCGGUUUGAAUUCUGACCCGUUCCUGAUUUAUCACGAUUUUUGGAUCAGACCCUGGUUUGCCCCUGAUUUAUUGAUGAUUUUUUUGGAUCAAAUUUGGAUCAAGGUCCAAUCGGGGAAGAACACCUAGUCUACGCGAGGUUUUAUAGUUAAAUGUUACUGUCGUUGAAGUUCCAUUCAUUAAAUACCUACGGGCGUAUCGCUAAGUUAUAUUCUCUGAAGAUGAAGUGGACUAAAGUUUGCAAUAAGGAACUACUAUAUCUGGCUUUUUAUAACGUAUGUGCGAUCAGUUUCCUUCAGCAGAUAAGUGCUUUUAUGGAUGAGCCAGAAAUGCUAGUUCCUUAUUGCAAAAUGCAGUCCAAAUCAUCAACACAUUUGAGAUUGCGUAAUGAAUGACUUGCUCAAAACUCAUCACUACCUCUUGUCUUGUCUAACUCAUUGUAAUCUGUCAAGAACUUAGUCUGAUAGUGAGGUCCUCCCUUAAUAGAGAUGAAUAUUAGAAGUGAAGAUUCAGAUCUUGGAGUGUUGCAUGAUAUCUUGAAACUCUUGGGUCCUGUCUUUCACUCUCGAAGUCCGAAUUCCUGAGCAAACCAUGGAUUUCUCAAUAAACUGAUGAAUGAACCCGAACUCAAGAGUACAGAACUCGAACGCUUUUCCUACUCUUGUACCACACUUCAGCUCUGAACUACAGUUUUAAGAAUUAUUCUUGGUCUUCAUAAAAGGUCGUCUCUGUGCUCAUCUUUCUCUCGCAUUGAGGCUAACAAUUUUUUCCUGCCAGUUUACAAUUUUUAUUUCUUUUAUUUUAGAAAAGGAGAGGAGAAAUCAAUACGCUUGUAUAAUAAUCUCAGGUAACCUCUCCAUUGUUUCAUCGUUAACUGUCUUUCGACAAUCGUGUUUUAAAUGACGAAAAACUAUUUUGCAUUUAGAAUGAGCUCACACCGACCUUGCCUUGAAUCAAACGGAGAAGUUGUGCUGACCAAAUAUCAGCCUAAUCAGUUUAUUUUGGGCUGUUGAGGGAGCUGCCUACCUCCUAGGCGCUAUUUCUUACCUCGAUCGCGCUUUGCAUCGCGGGCUAACCUCGUUUAUUCUCGUGUCCAUAUCGUCCUUCGAACGUACUCGAUUUAUUUAUUUAUUUAAUUUAUUUAUUAUCUGUAUUUAUAUUCAGUCGAAAAUUUGUACAUAUUGGUAUACAAGUUAACCGGAUUCAAGUUGUUAUCAUGUCCAGACUUUGUCCAAAACGGGAGCGUAAAAUUUUGUAACCUCCGCGGGUAACUCUGUCAUCAUAUCUCUCAUUCGAAAAUUAUUUUUCUGUAAUGGAUGUUGUUGUUUUUAAAUUAAUGACGCUUCAAAAGAUUAGAUUUACAAGAGGUUUAUUAAGAAUAAUCAAACGUAUACAACCCGUUAAGAUGGAAAGAUGUAUUUUUCAAAAUUUAUCAAUUUCAAAAAAAUGUGAUAAUUUAGUGCUAGAUUUAUUUUUCUCUGAAUCUAGUGUUUAUUUUUUUAUUGAAUUUUCAGCUCUUGUUCCGAUUUUCACAAGUUAUUAUUGUUUUCCUCUCUACCUAUUAAGUCGACGUUACUUUUAACUGUUUUCCUUAUUCAUAUCUGUUAAGCUCGUUUGAAAAUGACUGGAACAAUGUUAUGGAUUUUCUCAACCUUUUUAAGCCGUCGAAGCUCAAGGGAUGGCGAUUAUCAAGUCGUUUUUGCGGACUUUUCAAAGUUCUGUUAUCUGUAGUAUUAAGUUAAAAUCAAAAUCAUCUACUCAGGCGUGGCAGUUUCAACCAUCGCACUUAUCAAGUAUUGGAGCGCAUGAGGAAAUAUUAGCUGUCAUAUAAAAUGUUUUCAAAGGAUUUCUUGAUUUCUUAAGCUUUGUUAGCAAAGGCGAUAGCAAGUCUUGAAAAUAUUUCGUUUCUGAAGGCACCAAUUUCAGACAGAAAAUGUCGAGAUUUCGCUCAUGUAAUUCUUUCAAAUAUCCUUCUAUAAAAUUGUGCAUCCAUAAGCUCAAACAUUUACGCUAAUUAAUCAGAUAUUAUGCCGUUGAAACGUAGGUACACAAAUGAUCAAAAUUGACUCUAUUGCCAUCUAAACACCUGCUUUUACAGUCACGCUUGAGUAGGAAGAGAGUUGUGCCAAAUAUGCCUUAAAGUCUUUUUGUGUUGAAACUCUUUGCUCCUUUGUUUAUUUUUUUCUGAGCCUCUGGCCAAUCAAAUUUGUAAGUUGUGGAUGUUCUGUUUUGUUUUUCACAUUUUUUUUUAAAAAAACAAAAAAAACGUUAGAUCAGUUGACGCGUGCUUAAACCGUGACUCAAGAAAAUCCUCUCCCCGGCACCUCAUCCGCAUGAAAAUUACUGUCUAGUUUUGCAAGCCAUCUCAUCCGAUAAUUUCUGUGCAUCCGCUGGUAACUGUUUAUUCUCAUUUUCGUGGCAUUAGUUUGGUGUUAUCUCGUCUCGUCCGAGUUCAUUGUGAAAAUCGAUACCCUUUUUUGCACGGUUUUUAAUUGAACUAAACAGGGUGUCUACAAGGCUGAAGGUCCGUAAAACAAGGGAAAGAGUUGUGCCCAAAAAUACCCAGGACCGCAAGAAAAUAUACGAAAAUGUAGAGGAAGAUCUGGAAUUUUUCAUUUUGCUGAAUUGUCUUCAUUUUAUGGGUUAUAGUGGCAGCCAGCGAAUGCUUUUAAGGCUCCUCUUCGAAUUGACACUCGAAAGUUUUGCUUUUUUUGAUUCAUCUCAGUGCGUAACAAAAAAAAAUUUCUCUUUCUUGAAGUCCUACGGCAUACUGUUUAAAAUGUUUCAUUUUCGUUCAUAGAAAGCACAUUAUACUGAAAAAGUGUGUCUCUUCAGACAGGAUUUUAACAGCCUCUCAAAAAACUUAUGCAUCAGUAUGACAUCUCGCAAUCUCAAUUUAUUUAGUUUAAAAUUGAUAUGAUCAAGAAGAACCUUUUUCCUGAAAGUUCAAGUAAAGCCGUGCAAAUGGGUAAUCGAUAGGACCAUAUGUUGAACCAUGAUACCCUUGAUUUUAACUCAGCCUGAUGAAAACCAGUGCCAAAAACUUUUUAUAAGUCCUCAUUGUUUCACGCCAAACAUUACUGAAUUUAAGGUAUCAACUAAGGUUGCAUAAAUCAUGUUUUCCCAUCAAUAUUUCUCAACCCGGAAAUGACAAACGGUUCGAAACGGUUGCAAAGCUGACCAUGAGCUAUAGUGCCAUAAUCAAUACUGUUGAACAUUAGCUAGAAAGAAUAGUGAUGAAUCGUCCAGUAUUAUUGUAUUUAAUGUGUAUUUUUUUGCGUAUAUACAUAUUUGUUACUAUGUAUUUAUCCAUAACUAAGCGUGAGAUUAUCUUUUUAUUUUUUUACUGUGUUUUUAUUGCUUGCCUCCAGGGACCCUUUUAUUUGAAGUUAACAAAUGAGGCAGUUGUUAGAAAUAUUUUUGAUUAUUUUUGUAUCGUAGGUAUAGUGGUUUAAAGGAAGGAAACAUGAUAAUCAAAAUUAUUUCAAUGUAGUUUAACUGACGGAUACAAUUUUAUCUAUAAUUUUGACUUUCGGAACGAUUUUUCUUUAUUAUUAUUUUCACUCUAGAAAUCCAGGUAUCAACUCCGGAAAGUUCAGGAGUUCUGUUUUAACGAAGAAAAAAUUUUAACUCCUGAUUUCGAGACUCUUUCCUGUUACUGAUUGCCCUUUUUUUUCGCUUAGUAAGCCUUAUCCCCUCCCUCGUUCAACUUACGCUUGGUUCUUUCUUUUCAUAGCCCAGAACAAAACUUCAAGUCAAAAUAAAAUGUUGCAGACUCGUUUUUUGACGCUCAUUGCUAUCAGUAGAGCCAAAAAUAAUUUCGGUUAAGUACAUUACUUUUUAUGGCGCCAAAUGACGGAGACAUAGCCGUCGAUUAAGAAAAAAGUAUCGAUAGACAUCAUGCGCCAUUUUCAAGACUAAUUUUUUUUAAAAUUUGCGAUCAAGAAAUUGGUCUCUUAGACCAUUUUUUCCUUUCAUUCCAUCGGCCAAUUUUCAAAUACUGAUCGUCAAAUUUUGAUUCUGCAACCCUGCCAUGAAGUCGCCGAGAGAAAAGAAAAAUGGAAAAAAUUGAACAAAAAUUGGCAAAAUUUUUUCGUUGAAAAUACAAGACUCUCCUGUUAUGACUACCUAGCGGAUGCUCUUUUCUGGCAAAAGGCGGAAGUAUCGGUAAAGGGAAGCGGCAGAAAGCGAUGGGUCGGGCGCGACGAAGCGCGCGGGCAUGGCGCGGCGCGCAGUGACAAUAUCGCAUUUUGUAACCGGUUAGUAAUUUCAUUCAUAUGAUGUAUUUGUAUUCGUAGCAACGGUGAAACUAGUUGAGAGCAGAUCCUGAGAGAGGGCGCUGACCUAUAUUGUCAGUUUAUAACGGGAUUAAAAUAAUGAAAACUCCAGACGCGCCCCCCUCCACGGAGACCGCUCCCCCUCCUCCUUGUGCCAAUUGCUCGUGUAUUAUCUUACUUAUUCAUUGUCUCCCGUCCCCUCCCUCGAUCUGCGCCCCCCCCCCUCCCUCGAUUUUUUCCUUCGUCUUCGUCUUUUUCCGCCGUCAAAUUCCGCCUCCCUCUCGCUCCCUCCCGUGCAGCUAUUCAUUUUUUCUCUUAAGGCCAACAUGCCAAUUACCGGUCACUUGUAGCGUCUCGCAUACACGGAGCAGCCUCUCCGAAAAGAGUCUUUUUUCCGCUCUUUCCCUCUACCAUCGAGAAUCUCUCGCAUCUUCCAACUUUCGCACAAGUCAUUUCACCGGAUUGCGCACGCCUAAAGGACAUGGAGAUUAAUCUAAUCACAUUUUUACUCCUUAAUAUUUCCCCCCUUAUACUAUUUUAUUUUUUACCAGAGGGAACGUGAAGCGUCGGUGUCAUAAGGAAAAUUAUUGCUGUCACAAUGUAAGAAGUGUGCGAAAUUAGUGGCGAUUCUCGCAAUUUGGCAACGCAGAAUUCCGUCCAUUGAAAUGGCUGUAAUCAAUCGAUAUCUAUCGAGACUAGCUGCCGCACAUAGAAUCGAUUGUUUAUAGUGAAUUUAAAUGGGGAAGAUGAGGGAGAGCUAUUGGUGCCAACUUUCGAAUAUCCUCACCAGUCACAAUUAUCAUUGUGAUAAGUAUUCAUUUUUCCUAUGCGCUCGCUUUGGUCCGGAGGUUUCUAUCGCGAUGAAAGCUUUUAAAAAUUUUCAACUGGUUUCAAAUUCUAAUCAAGCUCUACGAUUUAUGUUAAGCUUGUAACUGUUGCCCUGAAUCUUCAUGCCAUAAAAGAGCUCCGAAGGUAUUCUGUCACCUUUUGAUCACAUGGUUUUAAAAAGCAGAAACUUUUAUAAAUUUUCUAUUCCAAUUUCUAUGAAAAGAAAAAGCUGAUUUUGCAAGUAUCAAUAUUACAAAACCGAAUUUGAGAUCCUACUUCAAUCAUUGAUGAACAGUUACGUGUUGCACCUCAUUAAUUUUCUGUCAUCGAUAUGUUUUUUCCCCGCCUUUUCCUCUCACUUCAAUACAGCUAUUUAAAUUUCAUACACAGUAAAUCUGUUUUUGUUUUUGCUCUUUAAUUUCGAGCCUGCUCAAAAUUACCUGUAAGUUUAGAAGAACAUCAUAUGGUUUUUGUUCUUAUUUAAAAUUAAGUGCCUAACUUUUCCAAUCUUGAGAGUUAUUUUGAACACGAUACCUAUCACUUUAAAGAUAGACAGUGACCACCAUGUGCCUUUGAAUCCUUUUUACACUUAUCAUUUUGUCUACCUUUAAGGUUUUCUCUUUAAUCAUCAACUCGAUCUUUAUCUACAUCCAUUAUGUUUGUGGGUCAUGAUGAGGAGGUAUUCAAUAUUUUAAGUACAUAAUUGUUUUUUCUCUGUUUAGUCUAAUGGUGGCAUUCAUUUGUAACAAUGUUUUUUUUCUCUGAGCUUAAAAUACCCUCUUUUUAGUGAACAAUCAAGGAAAUAGCAGUUUUAUAUUACGAAAUCAGAAUUGAAUGAGACAGACUUUUGUUGUAUUAAUAUUAAACACUAUGGUUCAUUGAUUCAAUUCUUCGAAAUUUCAGUGACAGACUCACAAGAGUGCCUCAACUUAAUUUUUUAAACUUUCUAGAUGCAUAGGAAAGUUGCUCAGAUCCCUUUAAUAAGCGGCUCUUUCACAAAAGUAUAAAUAUUUGCUCUGGCGCAGUGCAUGUCCUACUGGUUUUUUAAAAAUUUGAAACCAAGCUUUUGAGUUUAUUCCAGUCAGAAGAUAUAACGUUGUCCUCUUUCUUCUGUGUGCCUUGAAUUUUAUUUUCUUUAACUUGCAAAGAAGAAAAACUUAUCCUGGGCAGCUUAUAAAAUUUGUAAACAAUUCAAAUUUUGAUAGGGAACAUACCGCUUGUACUUCCCUGAAAAACGUUAAAAUUGUAAAUCUAAGUCAUUUGCAUCAAAUUUUAAUUUUGGUACCUCAGGAAGUUGUGUUCAAGGAAGUUAAUUAAUAAUUUUAGUGAUUUAUCUAAUUAUUCAUCAAACUAAUGUUCUGUAUUUAUUUUAAUGUUACUUUUCAAAAGCAGUUUGUCUUACUGCUGCAAAUUUUCUGGAAAUGCUCACUUAAAAUUCUCAAUUUGUGAACUUCAUUAAAAUACUGUCCUAGCCUAAAGCUCCUGUCUGAAAAGAAAUUAAAAUGCAUUAUUACUUCAAUCACUUACUCAAUUGAAUUUCAUCAUUUACUCGUUUUUUAUUGCAGUAUAAUUUCCCCUUAGAAAACUGUGAACGCUCUUGAGUUCUCAAUUACUUUUUCUUUAAUUCAGAAUAGUUGCUACGAAACAUCACUCCUUCUAGUCCUCUAUUAGUUUAAUCCUCUGCGCAUUUCCAGAAAAAUGUAUCCUCCUCUGUAAUGCAAAUCGUCCACUUUACGCCCUUCAAAAGCUUCUCGAAGCUCGUAUUUAUUUCAAAUAAGGGACAGUAUGGACUCCUUUUUUGUAAGAAAAAUCACUGCCAUAUUUAACAUGAGUCAUCAUUAUUGCGUCGCCUUAACUUUAGCUAAAUAGGUUGCAUUUAUUUCUCAUGCAGACUUAAACACAGCUUUUUGUCUAUUGCUUCAUUUUACUGGAUACCUACUUUAAUAUUUGCUUUAGUGUUACGCUUUAAAUAUUACUACCAAAGGAUCAAAAUCAUCUCUGCGAACGGAACUAUCCAAUCAAAACAUGCUUGUAUUCAACUGUAGAUGUAAGAGUUUCUGGUUUUCAAGUUUUUAAUUUAUUGAUUUGUACAAAGUUUUUCUCUCAAACUUGUAAAUACUGUAAAAACUAUUUUGGUUUUUUCUUUGAUAGCUAGAAUGACAAUUUGUCAACUGACUUUUAAAGAGGGGUUCAUUUGAAUUCCGUAGCCAUAUUCAAGUAAGUGAAUGAAUUAUCAAAACUGUACAAAAACAUACUCAAUUUUAUUGCCAUAUCCUGUAAUCCAUUUGUUUUUUAAAGUAUUAUUAGUCUAAGUAACUCUAAAAUUGUCUUGUAAGUAUUGUUAAGCAAGAUAUGAAUGUAUACUAAAUUAUUGUACUCCUUUUUUUUUUCAUCUUGUAUAUACUUUUUUUUUAAGUCCUGAGUGUGUUUUUUCUGCCUCCUGAUGUUUUCUUUGAAAAAAUGGCAUUCUCUCAGCCAUUUGGGAAGAUUACCUUGAUAGAUUCUGUUCUUAAUUUAUAUCAAAAAGAGUCACUCCUCCAUCCUUAUGUCUCAUGGUACUUGCACCGAGAUUUCAUCUUCGUGUUAUUGAGAAAAAUGAAAUCCGUAGUUUAUUGAGACUGUUGCCCAAGAUUAAUCAAUCACUAUAAACUAUAUUCAUGUUCAUACUUAUUUGAGUAAUUCCCUCAGAAUGCAUUUAUAUUAUAUGUACUAGUUUACAGGUAGCAUACAAGGCCUAAUGGUCUGCAAGUGAUGAAACUUUGUUUUUCUGCCGAAACAUAUUUUUUCUUCCUUCCAACUAAAUAAAUACCUGCAUUUUUCUUGAGCAUUGUUUCAGUCGCUACUUGUUGUUGUUAUGAAAUAUUUUUUUUGUUACUUAGUUAGUACCUAGUGAUGCCUCUCAGUCAGUUGAGUAACCAAGAUUUUUGAUCGUAUCAGUCAUUAAUUUAUGAAAGAAACUCAAAUCAAAAAUCUACCACAAAAAUACUCUCAUUGACUUUUUCUGUCGAAAGAAUUUUCAAAUUAAUAAGAAGUGUCCAACUGAAGGAAGCAGUUUUCAAUGUAACACAUAAGUUGAAGAGUUCACGCAGGAUUUUAUGAACAAAUCAAAAUAAUUUAACUUUUUCAGAAUUCAACUGUUCUAAACUGUCUGUGAAUGAAAGUGUGCCAGUUUAUUUAAAUUAUUAUUAUAAAAUGUUACUUCUUUUUAAGUCAGCGAUUGAUGCAGAAUCAUUCUCAGUUUUGCGGUAUAUUCUACCAAGAAAGAUCAUGUCUCAUUAAAGAAUCAUUCACUAAUUCUCAACAGAUAGAAUUUGCGUUAAGCAGCCGUUUUAGCUUUAAAAGAAGGCGGUAGUGCUUUACCCACUCAAAUUGUUUUUCCUCAUUUUAAUUUGAAAAGUUGGUCUUUCUAAAUUCCAAUUAACAUCUCCAGCAUAAAAGUUAAGAAUUAAGCUUAAAAAAUCAUACUCACAUUUCAAUUGCUGCUGAAAUUUUCUUUUUUUCAAAUUAAGAAUUCAUACAGGACGCACUUUUUAUAUCUGUCUGGGAAAUUUAGUUUCAUAGGAAUACUAUCGUAUGGAAAACUUGAAACAACAGAAUCAACAAUGUCUGAGUAAAAUAUAUUUACUACUUCUGUCAUGCUCAUUAUACUUAAAGAAAAGAAGAAUUAAUUGUAGGAAUAAAAAUGGGCUUUCAAUCCUAUUCCCACUGGGUGUUACAUCUCAAGUCUUUAACUAUACUAUAUGAAAGUAAGUUUUGAAUAUCUAAUAGCUUUAAUGAAUGAUUCUUUUUUUGUUCCUUACUUUUCUUCUACUUUUUAAUGUCUGUCAUUUACUAAGAUUUCCUCAAAGGUCAUUAAGUUAUUUAGCCAAUAAAGAUCAAAGGACUUUAGCGACUGUAUCAUGAAUGAACUAAAAGCAAAAAUUUACUGCCAAGUUUCCAGAUUUUCAGUCAUUCCCCCAUCAGUAAAAUCUUGUACUCAGUUUAAUCCUAGAAGUAAUGAUUUCAUUUUCUUAUUUUGACUCUAUCAUCGCCACAUUGGUAUAUUUUUUUUACAUGUAAAGUUAUAAGCUCUAAAAUCUGUAAGAUGAAUGUAUGUAUAUCUGUAGGCCCUUUUCUUUUGAUGCAUUGCCUUUUAUUGUAUUAUUGUAUGAAUAUAAUCAAAAUUUAGUUUUAAGAAUUUAGUUUUUUACGAUGAACUAUGUAUUUAAAUUAUUAUCUCUCUCUCUUUCUCUCUAUUAGCCAAAAUAAUAAACCAAAGCUUUUCUUCUUUUUAUAAUGUUAAACUCUGUAUUUAAAAUAUACUCACGAAGAAAACUAACAAACUUUCCAUUGUUGUCUGUAACAGUGAUGCAAACUCAUACUACAAAAGAGACUGAACUGACAUAAAUCUUGUACUGCUUUGAAGAAGUUUCCCCUCUUAGUUUCGGAGUUUUGAAACCUUUCUUUCAGUUUUUCAACCUUUUUAUUUUGACCUUGGUGAUUCUAUGGUCUGCGAAAACAUGGAACUUCUCCCAGAUUUUUGAAACCCUAAAUAAUUUUAAAUUAUUAAACCAUUUUAUUUUCAGUGGAUCCAAACUUUUGUCAAAUAAUGAUUUGAUAUAUUUAGUAAUUAGAAGCGUUCUGAUGCAUAGUGUAUACAUUUCAUAUCUCUUAUCGUAAUUUUACCUUCCCCCACUACCAUAAAGAAUACAAUCUUUCCCACAACGGUGUAAAAGGAAAACCGCAGGUUUUUCUGCCCUUUCGCAGCCCAUAGAUGCUUUUAAAAACGCACCAAGUAUAAGUCUGAAAAAUUUCAUUUCUCUAGGUUACGAAUUUCACAAAGGGACCUAAUCCCCUCUCAGGAACUACCCUUAUGAGUAGAUUUUCUGUCCAAAACUCUCAGUACGUCUCUCUGAGUCUGUUCCAAAUUCCUUGUUUUUCAUUAUUUUCUUAUUUUUAAGGUGAUAUCAAUAUUUAAUCUCCUAUUUGUAUCUUCAGCAUCUCAGCAUCUCCUUUAAAUUAUUUUCAAAAAAAUUUGUCCUCAUUUUUUCUUACUUGUUUGCUUUCAAGUCUCUGAAAAUCAAAAUUAUGUCUGUAAUUCAAUUAGUGGUAAUCUUCUUCACACAUCACAUCAUAUGCCAUGAUUUUCAAGUUUUAUAUAAUUUUUAUCUUUUAUUUUUAAGCUCAUUUUCCCUCCCUUUUCAGUUCUAUUCCUUUAUUCAUCAGUCACCGUCUGGUCGAUAUUUUUUUCAGUUUUUAUGAUGUAUUUAUUACUUUUUUAAGUAAUUUAUAUAAAUUUUGGAAUAAAGGAAUGUAUCGGACAUCCAAA